AUCAGUUCGAAGUUCAAACGAAAGAAGAAUCAAAGCUGGUGCUUGAACAGCUUGCAAGGAGGGCCUCAGGCUCAGCAGGCGGCUCCAUAAGCUCUACGAGCUCCACCAUUGUACAUCAUUGUCAGUGCCAUGAAACUUAAGACGUAGAGACCGCUGUGAGAGUGCAAUGCGCAAUGCUGCAAGCUUGAGCUGCCAGGCGACUGGUCAGACAAUCCAAAGUCAGAUGUUGCUUUUGGAGUGCCUUUGCAGCUUUGAACAGUCCCCUUUUGCAAAGGCCAGACCUAGAGGAUGUCCACUUGUGUACCAGAACAUGGGGAUGAACUGCUCGAUAUACUCAGAGCUUGGCCUGCAAAGUUUGAUGCACUUCUGGCAGCGGCGCAAGAGCAUCGACUCCAGGUCCUCUUCACAGAAGUCCAGGCGGUGGAUGGCCAGAUGAAGCUCAAGCGACAAGGCUUCAGACUUGACAAGGAAUACUUCUAUCCGGCCAGUGCGAUCAAGCUGUGCGGAGCUGUGACAGCACUAGAGAAAGCCCGCAGGUUGUCAGGAGAUCUAGAUCUUGGCCUUGACAUCCAAACGCCCCUUUGCUUUCAUCCCUUGGGGCCUCAUGAGAAGAUCUUUGACAGAGACCCGACAAACCGGGAGGGGGGCUUUGUGACCCUCAAACACGAGAUUCGAAAAGUGUUCUUGGUUUCCGAUAAUGACGCUUACAACCGGCUCUACACCUUUGUUGGUCAAGCUGAGCUCAACGAGAGGAUGUGGGCUAUGGGCUUUUCUGCCUGUCGUCUCACCCACCGCCUCGGGCUGUCGCCUCCCGACAGAAAUAAAGACGACCCCCGCUUAGGUGGCCGGGUCGAAGUGCGGGACGAGAGUGCGCCCUUUUGCCUCCCCGAAACUCGCAGUCGGUUGGACUUAGGCACUCGGGAGGGGGUGCCUGGGGUCGCCGUUGGAACUGGCUACAUUGAGGACGGCCGCCUGGUGGAGGAGCCCAUGGACUUCAGUUGGAAGAACUACAUGACCCUCACCGACCUCCAGGACUUCCUGGUCGCCCUGUUUUUCCCCGCCUUCUCUCGUAGCCCCACGUCCGUUCUGUCGCUUCCGCCGGAACAGCGGGCCGUCCUAAUGGAGGCCAUGCUCCAGUACCCCUCCCAGUCGUGCAACCCGCAGUACGACUCCCGCCACUACCCCGACGAUUAUUGCAAGUUCUUCCUGCCAGGCCUGUGCCGAGUGAGCCCGAAAGCUGACUGGAGGAUCUACAACAAGGUCGGCAGGGCCUACGGUUUUAGCAUCGACAAUGCGUACAUCAUGCACCUGCCUUCGGGCCGGUCGUUCUUCCUCUCUGCGGCCAUAUACACAAACGCAAACGGUAUCAUUGACGACGACAUUUACGAGUACGAUCUUGCCGACCUGUACCUAGCCGACCUGGGGGAAGUGCUCGCCAGGUCUGCGCUCAGCAUUCCGCUAGAGCAAACUCCAUUGAUAGAGCCCAAAGAGGAUUGCAUACCGUCUAGUCAAUGGCCAAAAGUUCUUCAGGGAAAUGUGGGUUCUGACGAGUUGAUACAGCACGCUCAGGAAGUGCAAUGUAUAAUUUUAGAAAAACAGUCAAAGACGGAGAGUCCGCUUGUCACUUUUUGACCCCUUUUGUACAUACAACAGCAAAUUGUUACAACAAUGAGGAUCAAACGAAAAAUUCUCUCCCUGUGUUGCGAUCCGCACCAAUACUGGCCUUAUCCACUUCAGAAAACCUGUACUUAUCACGAA